CACAUUAGCCAAAAGGACGUUGGAAGCUAGCAAAGUCAUAGCAAUGCCUACGUUUGGACUAUACUUGCGAUUACAACCCGCGAAUUUCUUUUAGAGAUGAUACCCCCAGAGUUGUUGAACGGAUGCAAGAGGUCUCCACCGUGGGAAGUACUGUCUGGGAUCCUAAUGCGCCUCAGGGAGAUAACUCACAACAUCGAUCAGUCGAGGAUCUACUGCCCCCAUUCUCGGCAUUGACAACAGACGAGGAACGAGAACGAAAAGCAGAGUUACAGAACCCGGGCACUUAUCAUGUCAUUGCGAAUCAGAGCAGUUUUGUGUCAUUGCCGGCGUAUCGAGACGAGAAGACGUCUGUUCCAGGCUCAAGUCAAAGUUUUGCAUCCUUAUCUCCGGCGGCUGAUGAACAUGAUGCUUCAAGCAACUUACCUGUUAGCCCGAUAGAUGAUCCGGACGAUCCCAACGUUGUCAUACUCAAAGUGUUUGAAGAACCUACGCGCAAGGGACCCUCACAACUCUCUAAUAGAUCCACGACCAGCCCAGCAUCACCGGUUUUGUCUCCAACUUCUACAGCUACUACAUCACGUCUCGUUCCGCAGCCGAAUACUGUUCAUACGGAUGGACAAAAUGCACCAGUCCUUGACAUAGCACACAAUGGAGGGUGGGAUGCACAGCUAUUACAGCAUUACCGGACUGUAAUAUCUCCUUAUAUACUGCGGGCUCAAAGGCCGGAAGACAGACAAGACCUUUUCGAACUCCAAGCCCAGACCUACCCUCCGCUCUUCCAUGCCAUGAUGGCUCUGUCAGCUCUCAGCAUGGCGCAUCAGAACGGAGUGCGGAACGCCGACGCUUUAGAGCACUAUCAGCAAGUGAUCCCGGCAUUGAAGAUCACCGUACAAAGUUCGCAAGAUUCAUACUCGGACGGCGCGUUUCUUACACACUUCAUUCUCUUGCUAUAUGAAAUUGCAGCUGCAGGACACAGGGAAAACAAUAUGUGGCAACAUCAUACUGACCAGCUUUUGAGGAUUGUUACUCUCCGACGACAAGCACAUAGAGUGGAAACCUACGACUUCCUUGUCUGGCUCGUCUGCCGCAUCGAUAUUUACGCGCUUUUGAGCGCCAGCGGAACUGGAAGUUUCGUCGAAGUCUUGCUGGAGGAAAAUAUGCUUCCCACACCUGAAAGGACACUACCUCCUAUCUCCCGGGGCCAGGCAUCUGUCCUCUAUCCAGAAGAACAGCCCUUUUUCCCAGCACUCUCCGAACUGAAUCAAGAAGUUCUGUUGGUUGCCUUGCAGGUUGGACAGUUGGCUCGAGAUCUUAGGGCUGAGGAAAAGUCGAGACAAUAUGGGAAUCAAGCCCAAAUAAUACCCGAACCUGCAUUUUUCAUGAACAGACGAACCCGAAUCCAGAACCUUCAUCGCAUGUUAGAGCAUUCCCGAGCUUCUUGGAAGGCUCGAUUUCCGGAGUAUUGGACAUGGCUUGGCAGAUUAGAAGCUCUACCGCACAGAGUCUUUGCCUGGGUUCAGCAGGCAUACAUGCUGUUUCGCGCCUGCAUAAUAUACGCCCAUACCAGCAUGUUUCCUAAUCAACUGCGCGACCCUGCUCCAGAUGCUGGUGUUCAAAUCAGGACCUGUGCGACGGAAAUAAUUGAAUCAGUACUUACGAUAGUCUCGGACAAGCGAGUCGAUCCGCGAUUUGUCGUUUUUCCUCUAUUCCUAGCCGGUUUCGCAACAGUUGACCCGGCUGAGAAAAGCCUUGCUUUGAGCAUGAUGAAGACAGUGGAGCGACAUAGCUAUGGCGGUUGCACUGGAUGUGUGAGGUCUUUACUGGAGAAGAUAUACGAGAAACAGCGCGCAGCCACGUUGGAUACGGGUGACGCUACUUCUGUAGAUUGGAUCGAAGAAAGGGAGCUUCGCGGACAGCCACCAAUAAUUUACGGCAUAUGACUCGGGCCAGCGGCGGUGGAGGGUUAACGUUGGAUGAUUGUUAUGAGAGAUGACUACCUUACGCCUUGGAUCUAGAAAUAUAGCUAGACAACAGGAAUUAUAUCACCAUAAAUGCCACA